AUGCCCGCUCAUCUUCCGGCCCAUUUGCACGGCGGCGGAUCUCUUGCUUCCGCACCGGAGGCAGAGUCUCCGGCGGAUAUUGUUGCCUCGCCGCGCGUGCACCUAUCGCACGAGGAUGAAGAUGCUAUAGCCGAUAUUCAUCGCACCCUCACGGAGGGCAACCACCAAGAAACAGACCAGGGCUAUCCCGAGCCCCAUUCGACCUUCGAUAAAUUCCUCGAGAGCGAAAUCCAGGCUGGCAGGAAGAGGUCAAAUCUCGGGGUGUGCUUUCAGCAUCUUUCGACAUGGGGUGACGGUGAUGAUCAUGCCAACGUGAAGACGUUGGGAACGGCUCUGUGGCGAACCUUAACGUUUCAAGACGUAUACGAAUGGACCAUCAAGCCAUGGCUCUCGAACAAGGACCCUCGGGAGGGGCGUCCUUUGAUCCGAGAUUUCUCAGGGGUAGUCCGGAGUGGUGAGAUUAUGCUGGUAUUGGGAAGGCCUGGGGCUGGUUGUUCGACCUUUCUCCGCACAAUCGCCGGCCAGCAUUCGUCUUUCUUAGGGGUCACCGGGUCUAUCGAUUACUCGGGUCUUAGUCCCGAAGAGGUGAGGAAGCAUUACCGCAACCAGGUUGCCUAUGUUCCUGAAGAUGAUGUCCAUUUCCCGACGCUCAAUGUUCGGCAAACCCUGGAGUUCGCUCUAAACAGCAAAACGCCCAAGCGGUACCGGGAGAGGAUCCCUCGGUAUUUGGACAUCUACGGCCGGGUCUUCGGCAUGUCCCACACGAUGGACACCCUAGUGGGGAACGAGUACAUUAGAGGUGUCUCCGGGGGAGAGCGUAAGCGGAUUUCAAUCAUCGAAUCCCUCGCGACUGAUUCCUCGGUCAUGUGCUGGGACAACUCCACCAGAGGUCUUGACGCGUCGUCAGCCCUCGACUACGCGCGUAGUCUCCGCAUCAUGACUGACACCUGCGGGAAAGCGACGCUGAUGACGCUGUAUCAGGCGUCCGACGCAAUUUACGAACUAGUGGACAAAGUUUUACUCAUUGACGAAGGGCGCAUGCUUUACCAGGGUCCUGCCCGAGAUGCGAGGAGCUACUUUGAAGGGCUAGGGUAUGAAUGUGCAGCUAUGCAGACCACUUCGGAUUUCUUAACUAGCAUCACUAUUCCCGAGAGACGACGAUUCCGCCCUGGCUGGGAAAAUCGGGCACCAAAGGGACCCAUCGAGCUGGAGAAUGCCUUCCGAGAAAGCCAUCGAUCUGCGGACAUUCAAACAGAUGUCCAGCACUACGACAACCAACGCUGUGGAGAAAAAAGCGGCCGCUCGUCACCGGCUGACUCGGAGCGGGACAGCCUGGAGCACCUCAAAAAGACCAUCCAGACAGACAAGUCCCGUUUUGUACCCGCCAAGUCCCCAUACACCAUUUCCCUGUUCCGCCAAGUGGUGCUAUGUGCCAAACGUCAGGUGUGGCAGAUUCGGGGGCACAUGUCUCCGUUGUAUAUCAAGCUUAUCUCUUGCGUCGUAUACGGCCUGCUGGUUGGUUCCAUGUUCUAUGACCAACCCCAGACAACGGAUGGAAUGUAUUCCCGGGGAGGUGUGAUCUUCUACUCCGCGAUUUUGCUUGCCUGGCUGCAAAUGUCCGAGCUGGAAGACGCCAUGCAAGGCCGAGACAUAUUGAGCCGGCAGAAGAAGUUUGCUUUCGUCUCACCCAGCGCCGUGUGCCUGGCUCGGGUGAUCACUGACCUGCUCAUCGGAUCUGCUCUCACUUUCCUGUACUUGAUCGUUGUGUAUUUCUUGUCCGGCCUGAAAUCCGACGCGGGUGCGUUUUGGAUCGACUUCCUGUUCAUAUAUAUGUGCACCAUCUGUCUAACCGCCCAAUUCCGACUGUUUGCGGCCGCGUCGUCGAAUUUCGAAGUCGCCCUGCGCUACUGCGGCGUCUCAGUUCUGUUCUGCAUUGUGUUCGGCGGAUACGUCCUCUCGAUCGACCGACUAAUAGAGGAUGUUCCUUGGGUUGGAUGGAUAGCAUACACAACCCCGGCACUCUAUACCUACGAGGCUAUGAUGGCCGCAGAAUUUCACAACAACAACUUCGCAUGCUCGUCAGGGUCAGUGGUCCCUUCUGGGCCCAACUACACCGAUCUUGCCUAUCAAACCUGCGGCUACCCGGGAAGUCAGGUUGGAUCAACAGUAGUCAAUGGCGAUGACUAUCUCGCUGUCCAGUACGGAUUCUACUACAGUCACGUUUGGCGGAAUUUCGGGAUUCUGUGUCUCUUCACUGUCGUCUAUGUGAUAUGCACCUGCUGGUUGAGUGAAAUUAUGGAAUGGGAGGCAGAGAGUGCGGGCCCAGUCCAGUAUAAAAAGUCACCGAAAGGAUCAAGACAGUCUCCCAGAGGUGCCACAGACGAGGAGAGCAGCCCCGUGCAGGUUAAAUCGAAGUCUUCAUCCUCGAGCUUUGACGAUCAAAAGUCAGGCGGACAACUCGUUGCUACAAAGUCGACUUUCACUUGGGAUAACAUCGAACUGACAGUUCAGGUUGGAAAGGAAUCCCGGAAGCUCUUGAAUGGCGUCAGUGGAUAUUGCAAGCCUGGAACGUUGACUGCGUUGGUGGGAGCAUCGGGUGCAGGCAAGUCAACAUUGCUGACGGUGCUGACCCAACGCCCCAGCUCAGGUGAGGUGACCGGCUCAUUGUACGUGGACGGGGAACCUACGGACCAAACUUUCAAUCGACGAGUUGGCUACUGCCAGCAGAUGGAUAUCCACGAUGAGAGUAGUACCGUCCGGGAGGCUUUUGAGUUCUCCGCUCUUCUCCGUCAAAGUUCAAGCGUCCCAGAUGAAGACAAGCUGUCUUAUGUUGACACCGUCAUCGAAACGCUGGACCUGACCGACUUGCAGAACGCGAUCAUCGGGUCGUUGGACAUUGAAAAGAAGAAGCGCGUCACAAUAGGAACCGAGCUUUGCGCCAAGCCGGAAUUGUUGCUCUUCCUUGACGAACCCACCAGUGGACUGGAUAGCCAGGGUGCCUCGAACAUUGUUGCACUGUUAAGGCGACUGGCCGACCAAGGGUUGGCCAUUCUGUGUACCAUUCACCAGGCGAACCAGGAGCAGUUUGAAGAGUUUGAUCGGGUGCUGGCGUUGAGCCCGGGUGGGAGUACUUACUACUUCGGGGAGGUGGGAGAUAAGGGCUGUUCUAUCUUCGAGUAUUUCACGAAGCAAGGACUCCAGCCUGAGAAUGUCACCAACGCGGCAGACUUUCUGAUUGAAGUGGUUGUGAGCGGCAUUAGGGAUAAAUCGCAAAGUGUCAACUGGGCUGGUAUAUGGAAUCGAUCAGCGGAGGCGCAGGCCGUCGCGAAAGACAUAUCCGAAAUUCGCUCGAACGUCGAGAAAUCUGACGGUGCCAAGACGACUCUUUCCACGCCAUCGGUCUUCAGACAGACUUCACUUCUGACCCAGCGUACCCUUCGGCAAUUCUGGAGAAGUCCCGAGUACCCAUAUUCUCGACUCUACGCAUCAUUCCUCCAUGCCCUGAUCAACGGCCUCACCUACCUUCAGAUCGGAAACAGUUCGACAGAUCUGCAAUCCAAAGCCUUCUCGUGCUUCCUCGUGCUGAUGCUGGUACCCGAGUUCAUCAACGCGAUCUCGAUGCGCUUUAUCUUGAACCGCGACCUUUGGACGGCGCGCGAGGGCCCCAGUGGCGUGUACGGCUGGAUCGCAUUUUGCACCUCGCAAAUUGUAUGCGAAAUCCCCUACGCCAUCAUCAGCGCUGUUAUUUUCUACGUGCUUUACUACUAUAUUGUCGGACUCCCGCUGGGGUUUGCCGCGGGAUACUGCUUCUUAAUGUUUUUCAUGUUCUUCCUCUUCGCCACAUCCUGGGGCCAGUGGAUUGCAGCACUCAGCGCCGACUCCAUGGUGGCCGCCACACUCAUGCCAUUCUUCAUCAUCAUGUGCGAGCUCUUCAACGGCAUCCUCCAGCCUCACCAGAACAUGCCCGUCUUCUGGAAAUACACCAUGUACUACAUGACGCCGUUCACGUACUGGAUCGGGGGCGUUCUUACCUCCGUCCUCCGAGGCAUGCCAGUAAUCUGCGACAGCAGCGAACUGACCAUCUUCGAGAGCCCACCGAACAUGACCUGCGGAGAAUACGCCGGCUCCUGGCUUACAGAGCACGGAGUGGGGUAUCUGUCUAAUCCGAAUGAUUCCGGAUCAUGCGGAUACUGCGAGUACAGCGUCGGAGAUGAUUACCUCGACAAAAUUGAGCUCGACUCCUCCAAGAUCUGGCCCUACUUUGGCAUCUUCGUGGCGUUUGUGAUCUCCAACUACCUAAUGGUUUAUCUGCUGGUGUACUUGCGCACGGUUAAAGGUUUGACCUGGCGCAAGACAUAGUAUAGUUGUAUAGGCGUGCGCGUUGGAAGUUGAUAUAUAAUAUGCAUAGCGUGGUAUAGCGGUAUAAAAGUUUCUUUACCUAUGUUGUU